AUGGCCUGUAAGGCCUGUCGCGCGCGCAAGAUCAAAUGUGAUCGAACGCGGCCAGUCUGCCAGAACUGCCAACAGAGGUCAAGCCACUGCACUUACGCUGGCGAGCGACGCACUCGGCGUUGGACCGAGGCCGGCUUGUAUUCCACCGACUCGCUGCCCGCGGUUCACCGCCGCCGGCCAGCAGAUGUUCGGUCUUUGAUACCUAUAGACCAGGCAGUCUUGUCACCGCCGACACAUCCGCAGAUGCAGAGUCCCGGUGCCAGCCCGUCCUGCUGGCGGCCCAUGGACCCGGACUCGAUGGAGAUGGAGCAGGACGCCAUGGCAGGCGACAUCGUGUCGCGCGAGUCGUACGAGCUAGAGCCGGUCCUCCACACACCUACCAGCUCCAGUGCCAGUAAGGAAUAUGAUAACCUGCUCGACAAAAUUCUCGACGGCGACGACAUGGAGUGCCUGAAGGACCGCAAUCCGGCUCUUUGGGUGCGCGCCAGCGAUGGUGAAGAGUACACGGGCCCGUCAUCGGGCAUCUCCACCGUCUCCGAUUUGGGCCUCAAUUGGGUGCGUGACAACGUGGCCGAGUCGGACGUCCUCUGUGAGACCAUCCAGGAAAUCCGCAACGGCAUCCUCAGCCACAUUCGCCAACCCAAGUGUAUCCCUCAGGACCUACCCCUGGCAUUACUGACACCGUCAAAUGCCAGGGCCAGCACUAGGGACAUUGCCCGAGAAAUACCUCCAGCGCAGGCCAUGACCUACGUGGAAGCGUACUUCUCGACUGUGCAGGUCAUAUUUCCGAUCCUCGACCGCGAUAUCUUUCUCGCCCAGUUGGCGGCAGCGGGGGCGGGUCAAGCCCUAGCCUCUACAUACUCAUGGCAGGCUCUAUACAGCGCUGUGCUUGCAUCUGGCUGUCGUGCCACACUUUCCGAGGAGACAGCCGAGGCGUUCAAAACAUCUGGGCGCGAGGCCUGGGGCUACUUUCAAAAUGCUUUGUCAUUCGAGUCCCGCAUCCUGCACGGCGCUACCGAUCUCAUGGCUAUACAGGCCGUAGCCGUUAUGACUAUCUUCGCUCAGGGGCUGUCAAGCCCGCAGCGGCUUGAAUACACACUCUCCUCGAUAGCAUCGCGGCUUGCGCAGAGCCUCGGACUCAACCGCCAUCCACCAUCCGAGUGGAAUCUCACUGAAAGUGAGAAGCGGGAGAGGAAUAGGAUCUUCUGGGUCAUAUACUGCCUGGACAAAAUGAUAAGUCUGCGGUGUGGUCGGCCGUGCGUUAUCUAUGACGAAGAAGUUAGCUCCUGUUUUCCAUGUGGCGUCGACGUUGUCCAACGAGGAGACGACGCCAAUAGGGCAUCGGGAGGGAGCCCUCCAUUUGACUUCUUCCUCUGUUUUACCAAGCUCUCGCGUAUUGCUGGCAAAGUCUCACGCAUGUUAUACUCCGCAACGGCGCUGUACACGCCCUCCUCUCGGCUUGUUCUGACGCUGAACGGCCUGUUGGCGGAUCUACAGACUUGGGUGCAUUCAAUACCGGAUAUAAUUCGACCUGGUAAACCCUUGAACCGGAUGCUGAACACACAAGGGCUGUCUCGAGACCAGAUUGUCGUCCUGCAUACAUCGUACUACUACAUACUGUGUUCCAUCUAUCGGCGCUUUACACCCAUAUUUACCCCAGAUAGUAAGAGCCUGGAGCACCUAAUCAACCCAAAGUCACACGUGUCGCAUAUAGAAGCUGCCAGGUCUAUAGCUUUACUCACAAAACACCUUGACUUUGAGAGUUUCAGUCCCGCAUGGCUCGUUUUCUACUAUCCAUUUACUGCCCUCACCACCAUCUUCGUGCAUAUUGUAUCAAAUCCACCCAGUGAAUCGACCCAGAGCGACAUUGCUCUAAUGGAGACUGUGGUUGGAUUUUUUGGCCGCCUCGAAUAUAUAACCUCGGGAGAAACCGCUUUCACCAAAACGGCCGACUUUGUUCGACAGGCAAGAAGAGUAACAGACAUGCAAAACAAAUCACGGGGCUCCGCUGGCCAAAGCCCUCCAGAUCCACCUGCUUCUAAUCCUAACACGAAAACAGCAUUCGCACCACUGCAAAAUUACCCUGACACGAGGAAUGGUACAGUAGAGGUACCACACAAUGCGAACUGUGACGCCACAGCCGCUCAUGGCCAGCCUAUGAAUUCUAGCAGAAAUACGAGGGAAGGUGGGCGUGAGAACUUGUCCCAGCAAGUGGGUACAGAGAACUCAGUCGGGCUUGAUUUGGGGCCGGCCAGCAUGGAUUAUGACAUUGGAGUUUCUCGACAGGGCCAUGCUCUCUAUGCAGAUCUAGUUAGCCUUUUGGCGCAACCUUCUAAUGACGAUGCAUCGAAUAUUAAUAACUGGCUGGGAGAUUGGGUUUCUGUGAGCUAG